GAUACGUACACGGGCACUUAGCAACGCUUGCAACCACCGCAAUCGCAGCCAAAUAGGUUGAGACGGUCAUCUCCGCUGAAUACUUCUCGAAACUAUCGUGCCUGGUAUCUGCUGGAUACUUGAAAGCUUCUUCAGCGGUCUGAAACGCGCUGUACAACAGCUUUACUUAAUUUUGCUACAUAAUGCUCAUCAGAACUGCAUGCAAAUCAUGCCUUGGUGGACUCAGAAACAGAUCAAGGAGCUCUAGGAUACAAAUGAGAUUCAAGAGCGAAGUGCGGGAUAAGCCUAGCAACUACAGAAGACCAAAUUACAGUGGCUUUUACACUUCCAUUAUGGACCAAAAGGCGCCAGAACGCCAAGUUGAAGAUGCAAAUUCAGCAGAGAAGCCUGGCGUCGUGUUUUACUCUAGACUUGCUGGCUAUCCUGAAAAUAGGCCGUCAGAGACAGAGUCUAAGAUGUACUGUGGCGUGAUUGUACCACCACGACCUGAAGAGCCACUCAAUUGCUGUCAGUCAGGUUGUGUUCACUGUGUUUGGGAUAUCUACAGAGAAGAAAUUGAGGAUUAUCAAGAGAAGCGCAAGCAAGCUCGGGAAGCACUCGCCAAAGAACGCAAGGCGAUCCCUGUAGAGCUCGGUGGAGAUGGAAAGGAGCCUGAUGACAUCUUAGCGCAGCUGGAUCCGACCUUGCAGGCAUUUAUCAAGUUGGAGAAGGAACUCAAGGAGAAGCGGCUGAAGAAGCAGGCUCAGCGUGCGUCCAAGGACCUGCGAUAAUCCUUGCACCCAUCAUUUCUCUUCGUAGAGCCAACGUAGAUGAGCAGUAGAAGUCCCAAGCUCAAGCUGGU